AAAAAAAAAAAAAAAAAAAAUGCGGUGGCUUACAUGGACUAAAUAAACAGUAAAUGAACUAUAUAGACGUGUUAUAGAGUUUGGCACCAAAAGACCAAAAUUUGGCUUUCAUUCGCAGUUAAUCAGUCGCUUUGCAAUGUUACGUUGGCUUGAUUUGAGAACAUUUAAGGUAAUAUAGUGAAACGUUUUGUGAAGACACAAAUAAAAGGAGUGGCAGCAGAACUUUUACCACCAUCACAAGGUCAAGCCCAGAUCAGAGGUAACAAAUGGAUGAACUUUACUGUAAGUCAAUAACCAACAAUGUCUGAGAAAUGCUUAAACUUCAAAUGAAGGAUCAAGCAGCGUUUGAGCGCCCUCUGUUGUCACUGAUGGAGUAAAAAGUAGAUAUUUUGACUGCCUGUGUUGUAUCUAAAAUGUGAGCUAAUUUCAAGGUAUUAUUAAUAUAUAGUUUAUUUGUCUGUUCUAUAAAAACAGUAUCACCCUCAUUGUCAUGCACGCAGCUGAAGAGCAAUACUAUAUUGUAUAACUUUAUGUUAUAUAGAUUGAUUACUUUUACCCUUUUUUCCUUUCUUCUUCUUGUAGACCUGUGAUUUAAUGUGGACACAAUUUCUGUAAGAGCUGAUUGAACCGUUGCAAGAAAAACUACUUUUCCCAGCAAUGGAGAAUAUGAAGCACUAUAUUUGCCAGAAACACGAGAGACCUCUGGAGCUGUUCUGUAGAGAUGAUCAGGUGUAUGUGUGUGUGUUUUGCGCUGAUGGAGACCACAAGACUCACAACACUGUUCCUCUAGAGGAGGAGAGUACAGAGAAGAAGACUCAGCUGAUGAAGACACAGACAUAUGUGCAGCAGAUGAUCCAGGACAGAAUCAAGAAGGUUCAAGACAUCAAACACUCAGCAGAAAUCAGAAAAAAAAACACAGAGCGAGAGAAAGCAGCCAGUGUUGAGCUCUUCAGCGAUCUGAUGCGCUCCAUUGAGAGAUGUCAGACUGAGCUGCUGGAGAUGUUGGAGGAGAAGCAGAAAGCAGCAGAGAAACAGGAGGAGAAACUGAUUCAAGAGCUGCAGCAGGAAAUCACUGAGCUCAAGAUGAGAAACACUGAGCUGGAUCAUCUCUUACACACCGAGGAUCACCUCCAGCUCCUACAGAUUGAUCCAUCCUCGUGCGGUCCUCCACACACCAGGAACUGUCCUGAGAUCAGUAUGAGCCCUGAUGUGAGUGUGGAGACUCUGAGGAGAGCCCUGACUCAGCUGCAGGAGACUCUAGACCAGAAACUCAGUCAGUCUGUGUUGAGGAGGAUGCAGCAGCAUGCAGGUGAUGUGACUUUGGAUCCUGAUACAGCUCAUCCAUAUCUCAUUCUCUCUGAUGAUGAGAAACAAGUAAGGCAUGGAGACACUGAGCAUGAACUACUGACGCAGCAUAAAAUCCCAGGCAUGUAUUGUCUUUAACAGCAAAGUCUAUUUUUAGGGAAGUCCAUGCUUUAGAACAGGAUAGACUGAAAUUAACUGUGGUCCUGGUCACUUAUGCACAGGACAAUUGCAAAAAAAAAUCAAUCUUUUCAAAAUCAUUAUUCUACAAAACUUUGGGGUAGCAAAUUUAUGCAUUGUAAUUAUCAGGUGAGAUGAUCAGUGGGGCAGAAUUUUUAACCUUCAUCAUUACGACACGGGAUGAAUAAAGGAUACAUUUUCUCAGUGAAAGACUGACCAGUGAAGGAGUAGAUAUGAGAUCUGGUCUCCACAUCACAGAAGGAGACCAGACCCUCCUCGUGAUCCACAAACACCCCCACCUUCUGUGGUAAAAUCUCCCCGAGGAGAAGCCCUCUUUUCCCAGGACAGAGACACAGUUAUCAAACCUUUCAGGGUUGUUUGGAAGUUGCUGUUGUUUGUGUCACUGGAUAUUGCAAACUGUCAUUGAAAAUGCAUGAUGUCACAAUUUCCACCAGUGGAAGUUUCUGGGCUAUGUGUAUGCUUUAUUUCCCAAAAUAUGGCAGUUUGGUGUUGGUACGAAUGAAGUGUGCUCACUUCUGUGUUGACAUUCAUCAUUUUGGUUAAUAUGAGAUGUAUAUGGACAAUAAUAUGCAUAUAAGAAUUGUUGUUUCUUGGAGAACUUCAUUUUACAAUUAUAAUCUUUGAUUACUGUAUGAAUUAAGCAAAAGUUAUUCUGUUGUUUAUUGGUUAGAACAAAGCAGUGCAGCCUUUAAUUGUCCACAGUAAGCAAACCUGGAAUUUAUGUAACUUUGUUCACUAGAAACCACAUACUAAAUUCUGUAGCUUCACCAGCUACAAAGACUUGCUAGAGCUUGCUGGCGCUACAAAGACUUGGGACUCCAAAUAUCACAUUUAGCAAAUCCAUAGUAGUACAGUUAUGCAUUAUUGUUGGUCAUGUCUACAACAAUAAAAGUGAACUAAAAAAAAUCAAGUAUUCAAAUUGUAAUGCCUUCUAGGACAGAAACGGUCAGAAUUCACACAAUGUCAGGGGUUCUCAACUCUGGCCCUCGUGGUCCACUUUUCCUGCAGAGUUUAGCUCUAAAAUGUCUAAACAAGCUAAUCGAGGUCUUCAGGAUUGCUAGAAUAUUACUGGCAGGCCCUUUUGAUCAAGGCUGGAGCUAAACCCGGCAGGAAAGUGGACCUUGAGAGCCAGAGUUGAGAAUGUUAUAGGAUUGUACUUGAAUCUCUGUGGUUUUCACACGACAUAACAAGGGUUCUUGUCCUCUUGUCAUAGCUACGCAGGUGCAUAAGACAAUGCUGACAAGCUGCACAAGCUACAAAACAUCCAGUCCUGACCACUUUUAUAAAUUGAGAUCUAUGUAUUGUGGAGAUGUAAUUCAUAUUCUCCAAUCUCUCUCUCAGUGCAUGUGACUCUCGAUCCUGAUACAGCUCAUCCAAAACUCAUUUUGUCUAAUGACGGGAAACAAGUGAGACAUGGAGACAUUAAGCAAACACUCUUCGACAAUCCAGAGAGGUUUGAUCAGUGCACCUGUGUCCUGGGAAAAGAUGGCUUCUCCUCAGGGAGAUUUUAUUUUGAAGUGCAGGUACAUGAAAACACUAAGUGGGAUUUAGGAGAGAAUCUAUUAACAGAAAGGGAAAGAUCACAGUGUGGUAGUGAAAAAAUGUCCUAACAUCUUUUAAUAGCAAUGAAUGAACUGACACAUUUUUGUAAUUUGGAAAAACAUAGAUUUAGGAGUGUAAUGUUGUCUGUUUCUUCUGAAUUAUUUUUUUAAGGACUGCAAAAGUGAUCAUAUCCACACAAUGUUUCUUUACAAUCUCUUUAAUGAAGCACUUUAGCUCUUUCUAGAACUGCAUUAUGCUGAUGUUGCUUGUGAACUUACAAUUAAUGAUAGACAGCGAAGAGGCAGCAUAUGGGACAAUGUGAAGAAAUUAACAUAUCUGAUUCAAAAUUGACAAAGAACCAUAUGUAAUGUGAUCCCAGAGGCUUAAAUGUGUGGAAGAAUUGACUGAUUGACUGAAGUUACUAAUUACAAAUUGUAGCCUAUUAGUGAUUCCAGUAAAUAAAAACAUUGAAAUGACUGUGUUUUUGUUGUAAAGACAGUAUCUACACAGUGUGUGACAAUCCGAUCAUAAAACAACUGACAUAAACCCACCUGAUAUGAGGUACUUUAAUUAUUUCAAUAUCAAAGUGAAAUAUGGGAGGAGCUACUCUAUGACAUCACUGCAGGUGAA